AUGCUCUGCUCAUGUCGAUUAAGCCCCCUGAGGCUUUUCCUACAGAGUGUGUCGCAAACGCUCGUCCCCGAGGCCGCUGUUGCAACGAGACUCCCGCAGCACCUCAAGAACCCCCAAGCUUUGCGACUCGGUCAGAAGUCGACAUUCGCAACCUCUACAACCUACAACAGACAAGGCGAUUGGCAAGGGUCUAUCAAAGAAAGGAAGUGGCCCUUGGAAAGAAAACAUGCCACAAAAGACAGGAGGGAAAGGGACGGCGUCGCUGGCGAGGACGACCCCGAAGGCGGCGCGAAGCCGAAAAGAGAAGGCUGGCAGAUCCAAAAGGAGGCCCUGAAGAAGAAGUUCCCCGACGGCUGGAAACCGCGCAAGCGACUCUCGCCGGACGCCAUCGCGGGCAUCAAGGCGCUGCACGCGCAGUUCCCCGAGGAGUACACGCUACGGACGUUGGCCGACAAGUUCGAGUUGUCGCCCGAGGCGGUCCGGCGCAUCCUCAAGAGCAAGUGGCAGGCGUCGCCCGAGGAGGAGGAGGAGCGGCAGGAGCGCUGGUUCCGGCGCGGCGUCAACGUGUGGUCGCGGUACGCCGAGCUGGGGAUGAAGCCGCCCAGCAAGUGGCGCCGCGAGGGCGUCACGCGCGACCCGUCGUAUCACGAGAACCGCAAGGCGGCGAUCCAAAGGAGGAAGGAGGAGGAGGCGGAGGAGGAAGCUGGGGAGAGGAUGCAGCGGAAGCUGUCCGAUACCAUUUUGUGA